AUGUCUAAACUUCUUAAUCGAUCACUGAAAGCCGCCCAUCUUCCAUACGAUCCUAAGGAAAGUAUGAACAGCUGGCUCCAUCAAUUCAAUCUUCACUUCCAACGUUUGUCUCUUACGAUUGAGCAAAAGCUCCUGCACAUUAAUCAAUACAUGCCUUCGGAUGUUGCUAAUUGGACAUCUCUCGGCACAGCUUUACUCCAAACCUUUGGUAUCUCUGCUGCCAAACAUAAGCAAGUUGUUCGGUCAAUGUCUUCUAGUCGCUUCGCCUUCCUGUUCGAAUCUGUCAUCUUCGACUUUCCCGAUGGCCAUAAACUAGAUGCAGAUACUCUGAAAAUCAUUUAUCUUCAAGACAUAUCUCCAAAGAUUCGCCAAAUGGUGAUGCUUAACACCGCAAAACACACCUGGCGUGACAUUUUCAUUGCUGCUACAGCAAUCAAAGAAGCUGUCUCUCUGGAUACUCAGCCCUUGCUUGAAGACGAAUUUGCGAAACUCGCGUUAUCUGCUACACCUAUUAUUCAGUCUGACCUGAUUCCUGACGAGAGCGUCGAAAUAGUCGAUAUCAAUGCUUUAUCUAAUCAGCGUCAACACGCUUCUUCUUCUUCUGGUAGUCGCUACUCUUCACGCUCAUCAGAGGCUUCAUGA